GUCACAGGCUCCCUCCCCCGGAAGUGAGGCCUGAUGUAAACACCGGAGCUGGGCGUCAAGGCCCGGGAGGUCAGAAAGCCGGGCCGCGGGCGGCACCGAGAGCUGGGGCCAGGAUCGGGGACGCGCAGAGGUCAGGGAAGCAAUCCUGGACCAUGACUCAGCAGCCACUUCGGGGAGUGACCAGUCUGCGUUUCAACCAAGACCAAAGCUGCUUUUGCUGCGCUAUGGAGACAGGUGUGCGCAUCUACAACGUGGAGCCUUUGAUGGAGAAGGGGCAUCUGGACCACGAGCAGGUGGGCAGCAUGGGCCUGGUGGAAAUGUUGCACCGCUCCAACCUGCUGGCCCUGGUGGGCGGUGGUAGCAGCCCCAAGUUCUCAGAGAUCUCAGCAGUGCUGAUCUGGGACGAUGCCCGGGAGGGCAAGGACUCCAAGGACAAGCUGGUGCUGGAGUUCACCUUCACCAAGCCAGUGCUGGCUGUGCGCAUGCGCCAUGACAAAAUCGUGAUCGUGCUGAAGAACCGCAUCUAUGUGUACUCCUUCCCCGACAAUCCCCGAAAGCUGUUUGAGUUUGACACCCGGGACAACCCCAAGGGGCUCUGUGACCUCUGCCCCAGCCUGGAGAAACAACUGCUAGUGUUCCCAGGACACAAGUGCGGAAGCCUGCAACUUGUGGACCUGGCGAGUACAAAGCCCGGCACUUCUUCUGCUCCGUUUACCAUCAAUGCACAUCAGAGUGAUGUGGCCUGCGUGUCUCUGAACCAGCCAGGCACGGUAGUGGCCUCGGCCUCUCAGAAGGGCACCCUUAUUCGCCUUUUUGACACACAGUCCAAGGAGAAACUGGUGGAGCUGCGCCGAGGCACUGACCCCGCCACCCUCUACUGCAUCAACUUCAGCCAUGAUUCCUCCUUCCUGUGUGCAUCCAGUGAUAAGGGCACAGUCCAUAUCUUUGCUCUCAAGGAUACCCGCCUCAACCGCCGUUCCGCGCUGGCUCGCGUGGGCAAGGUGGGGCCUAUGAUUGGGCAGUAUGUGGACUCUCAGUGGAGCCUGGCAAGCUUCACCGUGCCUGCUGAGUCAGCCUGCAUCUGUGCUUUUGGUCGCAAUACUUCCAAGAAUGUCAACUCCGUCAUUGCCAUCUGUGUAGAUGGGACCUUCCACAAAUAUGUCUUCACUCCUGAUGGAAACUGCAACAGAGAGGCUUUCGAUGUGUACCUUGACAUCUGUGAUGACGAUGACUUUUAAGGAUCCUGUGGGUUGUGCUAGGGACCUGCAGUGGCAGAUCGCAAAGCCUGUGCACCGGUGGGAGUGCUCUGGAAGCCGCCAGGCAGCAAGCAUUAAUGGAGCAAGUGCCCACUUUCCACUCUUAAGAGCAAUGCCUAAACGGCUCAGUUGCCCCAAGCACUUCUUGAUGACUGUGUGCCUGCAGGGCCAGGCGAGGGACUCUGGGAGACAUGAGGACUCCCUGGGGCUCCCAGCCUGGAGAAGACUGCUAGGGACCCAGAGUGGGUGACCUAAUCCAGCCUGUGGGGAUUUUUAAAAAGCUUCCCAGAAAGAUCUCUGAUGUGAUGAAUAUGAAUAAAAGGCCCUUAA